GAUUGAAUGCUGAUUUGUUCUAAUUUGGGGAGACGCCUUUUGGGCAACUCAUCUUCCUUCUUCCUGUUCGAAAGUCAAGCAAAGCGAUGUCUGCAGUUGUCAUGUGCUCUGCAGGUAAACGUUGCCGGCCGAAUUUCGAGGUCCAAGAUUGACAAGCCGGUGACGUAUGAACAGUUCCACGGGGCCCCACACUACAUUGGAGUCUUCAAAGGACAUAGCUCUCACAAUACGACUAACGUGGAGGGAUUUUACGACAACGCAGCCCAAGUGAACACGGAGGAUUAUUUAGUGAGGAAGUUUCUCCAUGGAACAUUUUUGAACAUGAUUGCAAUGGAGCACAUCAUUAUUAAGAGAAAACACAAUCAGGUCAACAUCAUCAUGCUCUGCUGGGUUUCAAAAAUACCCUCGAGGUAUUACUUUCUCAGGGCAUACGCACAGAAGAUUCUAGAGUAUUUGUUGAAACAGAAUGUUAAAAUUGACAUACAGUGUACGAAACAUAAACAAAUCUAUAAAUUCAUUUGAUUCUCUUUUGUGUUAACAUUUCCAACGUAGUGUUUUAAUUUGACUCUUAUUUUUU